AUGUCCCAGCCACAUCCAGCCGCGCCAAAGGGAUCGAAAGUCGGGCUCCAGCAACAGUUAGCUGCCCAGGGUCUUCAGAACCAGGAAGAUGACAAAGCGCGUCGCAAGGCGUCGAAGGACUUGACCCAGUCUUGGAUGGACCGACUUCAGCUUAUCAGUGUUAUUACCACUUUUUUUGCGUCUACCGAGGCUGGCUUGCUACAAGUGACGACUCAGGCAGCGGGAGAUGACAACUCCACUGCCUCUGCACAAGUCGCCAACGCUACUAUGCUUGCUGCGCUGGUUUUGCAUAUCUGGGCAGCCAUACUAUCAUUCUUAGGUGCUUUCUUCAUCGUGCGCUAUCGCCUCAGGGAGGCCAAGGAAGAGCAAAAAGAAGCUGUUUACACUCAGGACCCUAGUCCACCCGAUGCCAAUGGUGGGGUACCCGCCCACACCGAUUCCGACUUCUCUUUCCUCCGAUCGCCGCUCCAGUCUGUGUGGACGACAAACCCGCAUGUGGAGGAAGUCGGGCCGUUUCAGCGGAAGCCACCAACCCAUCUGCUGGGCAAAGUCCACAAUCUGUGCAUUCUCUUGACAUUUGUUGGCUUCGCCCUUGCGAUCCUGGGAAUUCUGGCAAUCGCAUGGGGCCAGAAUCCUAUUGCUGUCGGAGUCGUCACGUCGGCCUCGACAGCGGCCUGCUUCCUUGGCGCAGUCUGGGUAUUUUUAUGA